AUGGCGACUGAGGGCGAGUACGAGUCAAUUCUAUGCGUGAAACCAGAUGUCAAUGUUUACCGCAUCCCACCACGAGCGACGAAUCGUGGUUACAGGGCGGCAGACUGGAAGCUGGACGCCCCUGAUUGGACGGGCCGUUUGCGAAUCACUGCGAAGGGGAAAGUAGCUUACAUUAAACUGGAGGACAAAGUUUCAGGUGAACUGUUCGCCCAGGCUCCAGUCAAUGAGUACCCUGGCAUCGCCGUGGAAGCCGUCAGCGACUCCAGUCGAUACUUUGUGUUGCGAAUACAGGACGACAGUGGUCGCAGUGCGUUCAUUGGCGUGGGAUUUGGCGACCGAGGAGAUGCCUUUGACUUCAACGUCGCUCUGCAGGAUCACUUCAAAUGGGUGAAACAGGAGAAUGAAAUCAGUAAAAAUUCUCAGGCCGCAGACACUGGGCCCAAACUGGACCUGGGCUUUAAAGAGGGACAGACCAUCACACUCAACAUCGGGCAAGGUAAAAAAAGAGAUAAACCCCGCCCUCAGAGUUCCGGAGGCUUGGGGCUCCUCCCUCCACCCCCAGGGGGAAAGAUAGCCCCUCCCCCCUCAUCAAAUCACAACACAGUCCCGCCCACAGGAGGGGCUCAAACCGGAUGCUUAUUGGAGCUGGACAGUAGUAACUCUAACACGGUGAUGCAGUCUAACGCCAGCUCUGACCUGUGGGGUGAAUUCUCCUCCCCUGCCAGGUAA